ACUUCCUGCAUAGGGUUAAGAAUUGCGCAUGCUCUUUCGGGCGGAACUCAACAGGAUGCGCUUCCGGUUAUUUCGGACACAUGUCAAAAGGCAGGGCUAGGCCUAACAGUUGUCUUGCUCUGUAUGGAAGUACAUGUAUCUGACCAAAGUUAGAAGAAAAAGGAAAGCAUCAACAUGCCAAAGAAGAAAACGGGACAACGUAAAAAGGCAGAUAAACAAAAGGAGCGACAGAAAGAAAUAAGAUCGGGCAACACUGAAAAGCCCCUUCCAGAAAGACCAUGCAAUUUUGUGAUGGAAUGUGACCAAUGUAGAAAGACACAGAAGAACCGUGCCUUCUGUUACUUCUGCAUGGCUGUACAAAGACUGCCUGUUUGUGCUCAAUGUGGAAAGCAGAAAUGUAUGGCCAAGUUGGGCGACUGUAUUAUAAAACAUUCUGGACAGUAUACAACAGGACUGAGCAUGGUGGGUGCAGUUUGUGAUUUCUGUGAGGCAUGGGUGUGUCAUGGUCGUAAGUGCUUGACCACCCACGCAUGUACCUGCCCGCUCCAGGAUGUCAUUUGUACUGAGUGCAAGAGAGAUGUUUGGUCCCAUGGUGGCCGCGUGUUUAAGUGUUCCUACUGCAUGAAGUAUCUGUGUGAGGAUGAUCAGUUUGAGCAUCAAGCCAGUUGUCAGCAGCUUGACACUGAAUCAUUCAAAUGUGCUUCCUGCAAUAAGUUGGGCCAGUUCUCCUGUAUGCGAUGCAAGGUGUGCUUUUGUGAUGACCAUGUAAGGAGGAAGGGUUUCAAAUAUGUGAGAGGACAACCGAUUCCAUGCCCAAAGUGUAGCUUUGACACCCAGGAGACUAAGGACAUGAGUAUCAACACUCGUCGUCACCAGUUUGGCAGACAGCGUCUAGAUGAUUAUGAUUACGAUGACGAUGAUGGUGGAGGCUUCACUUUCGGUGGAGCGUCAGGAUUUUCCUACGGUGGAGGGGGAGGAGGAGGCUACUCCUAUGGAGAUGAUGAUGAUGAGGAUGAUGAUGACUAUGACGAUGAUGAUGAUGAUGAAGAGGAGAGUGAUGAAGACGAAAAAGAAGAUUUAAAAGAUGAGUUAAAGGCAUUGAAAGAGGACUUGAAGACAGACAUGAGCAAAAUUAAAUUAUGAUUUUAACAUAAAUUAGAAAACAAUAAAUGUACGAUUAUAUUUUCAAAAUAAUGUACAACUGAUUCUGUUAAAAUGUCCUGAUAUAUAUAAUAAUAGCAAUAUUUAACAAAGGGAAAUGGAAAUGAUAAAUGUAUAUUUGUAGCCUUUGCUUUUGUUAUCCAGUGCAUAACACAUGUCCAUGCCUUCAGUGCUGUUUGUUAUGUGGUGUACGGCAGGUGCUCGCUACCUUUUUGCAUUGUGAUAUAACAUUGACAAAUAAAAUGACUGCAUUUUCAA